CAUACCUUGCCCAUGAAAGAUAAAAAGAUACAACAGCUCUAACAUUCAUGUUUAAGUAAAUUUUUGAGUCUUAAAAUGACUUAUUUAAACUUUAAAGUUCACUCAGUUUAGUUGGUUUAGUGCAUUUUGAUGGCAGAGCUUCACGACAGUCUAUUUUCUCAAUUCGAGAAACUUUCAGAAUCUGAUGAGAUCUCAUCCAAAGGCAAUCGCCGCCGUUCCCAAAAGGAAAGAGCAAUUUACACACCAGGAAGUGGACCUUUGAAGAAAACUGAAAAUUGUGAUGAAGAAGCUCCCGUUCAACAGACACAAAACAACAAAAUUAGCAAGAAAAACCAAAAGUCUGAAGGUCAGAAAGAAGAUAAAGUUCCAAACAACAAUAGUACUCGAUUGCAAGGAGGGAAGAAAGAUGAUGUCUCGCAGUCGACUCAUAAAGAUAAGAAGACUAACCUCGAUAAAAGUGCACCCAAAAUAACCAAUAGUCGAAAUUUUUCUAAUUCAAAGGAUUUUGGAAGCAAAAAAUCUCUUAAUACAUUUCCCGGCAAUAAAAGUGAACCACCAGCUUCAAAAGAGCCGCGAUCAGACACUGAAGACAGAACCUUUGAUGGAAAACAAAAGAACAGGAAACCGGAUUCCCAGAUCUAUUCGGUCCCAAAACCUGUUCGAGCUUCUAACAUCCACGAGCAACUUAAUGAGUCGCACAAGGACACUCAAAGUGACUUUGGAAAAAAUAAUAGAUCUUUUCCAAAAUCAUCUAAGUAUAAACACAGUAAUGUCAGAAAUGAAACCAAUAAAAAUUUUGGCAGAACAUACAAUGAACAAGAUAGAAAACGAACACAAAGUCAAAAAUUCAGCAAAGAAAAUGAAGAUAUACCGGUGAAAAUGAAUUUCAAAGGAAGCGACGAUUCUCAUCCAAAUAAGCCUUUUGGUGAAGGUUGUGACCGUAAUUUUUCCCGCGUAAGUUCUGAUGAAAACUCAAGACCUUCCUCCUCUUUUUCUGCCAAUAAAUUGCCUCAAACUGUGAACACUUAUGAACCUUGCAAUAAACCCCAAAAUGUUAACAAUCCUGCAACAAAUAGUACAAAUACUUCAAGCAAUUAUAUUACUCAAGCAUCAAGUGAUUUUAGCCACCUUGGUGCCCAAAAUCAAGAAAUAGAUGUCCAGAAAAAUUCAAGACAGACAUCUGAUCCAAGAUCUUUUCAGCAACAUUCGUCUGGAGCUAAUGUGAAUAGAAAUCAAUUGAAUUCAGAGGCUGCCGCACAACGAGGUGAAUUUUGGUCUCAUUCAACAAAAUUUUCUGAUGAGAGAAGACCUUUACCAAGCAAAGCCACAAGUUAUGAAGGUGGGAACCCUUAUCGAAGGAAUCGUAACCAUCGCUCAGGUUCAUUCAAUGACAGAGGCUCUGGUCCUGAAAAAUAUCCGGGUAGCUAUAGAGUUCCUGAGCAAGAGAAGGGUUCUGGUCACAAUAGAGGUCCUGGUCAUGAUAGAGGCUCCGGUCACGAUAGAGGCUCCGGUCACGAUAGAGGCUCCGGUCACGAUAGAGGCUCUGGUCACGAUAGAGGCUCCGGUCUUGAUAGAGGUUCCGGUCAUGAUAGAAGCUCCGGCCAUGACAGAGGCUCUGGUCAUGACAGAGGCAUCGGUAACGACAGAGCCAGUCAUGAUAGAGGCUUUGGUCAUGAUAGGGGUUCUGCUCGAGAACAAGAAUCAGCGCUUAGUCGAAAUCAUGGACCCAGUGCAGGCUCUAACUCUGAUAAAAAUUUUGAACGUCCUGAAGAAUCUCACAGUAAUAAAGGGUUAGCCAAUGACAGUAGACCAUACCCUGAAAAAAGGUUUGGCAGUGAUAGAAAGAUACCUCCAAGUAACUUGUCUAAUCUCUCUGGAAUACAAGACAGGGUUCAAAAUUCUAUGAAAUUGCCUGAGAAUGUACCAGAAAUGGGCUAUGCAUUCAAUGAUAGAGGGCGUCCGAUGCAAGGUAGGAGAUCGCCGCCUGUUGAUGAUGGACAAAUAAGAGGCCAAGGUUUUCACUCUGUCCAAGGAUCCAACCCUGAUCUUCGUCCUCUUCAAACUGAAGGCAUCUUUGACCCCAAAGAACGUCACGGGCCAAAUGAAAAGAAUAUUUCAAUCAUGAGGCAUGCUUCUUCUAUGCAAGCCCUUUCAACCGAAAGACUGGUAAGAACUGAUCACACUAUUCCUCCUGAAGCUAACUCAUUCCUUGAAAAAGGUAGAUAUCUUGAAACAAGUAAUACUUAUAAUCCUAGUCCAAGACCUGACCAUGGGGGUGAAUCCUUUUCUUUCAAUAAAAAUACUGCUCCUCCACUGCAGAAUUGGAAUCCAGUACAGGAACAUAACCUUCCUCUUGAUCGAAACCCUUCAAAGGACAGAGGUCCCUCACGCACAGGCUGGGAGUUUGCUACAGUAAGAGACUUUCCACGUGGAAGAGGAAGAAAUUUGGACAGGAGGCAACCGCUUAACAAUGUAUCAUCAAAUGCUGUGAGGCCUUUGGAAAAUAAAUCUGCUCCUGAUUUCCAUCCAGCAUACGACAUGCCAUCCUCUCAUGAUGCAUCCUCUUCAGUGAUGUCCCAAAGUUCCUCUCAUGAAAGACCUAUGCGUGAUCGAAUGUCAAACAAACCUCCGAUGCAUCAAAAAACCCCUAAAUCCACUUUCACUGCACCUCGGUUCUUGAGAAAAGCUAUGGAAGAAAAUCGUUUGAAAAAUCUUAAUCAAAAUAUGGAUUUCAUUGGCACCAAUUCAGAACAUAAAUGGGAUGGAUCAAGUGCGACUUACUCCAGUAGACGUGAUAAUUAUCCAGCUAAUUCAGCCUCUCUUCCCCCGCCUUCCACCAACCUUCCACCCACUCAUAAUCAGCCUAGUCAUUAUUCCCAACCUCGAGGAUCUAACAGUUGGGGACUUCCUCACAAUCAACAAAAUUCCAAAUCGCGGGGAAAAAGUUUUCACCAUAUGAAUGGCCCUGAUCAUAAAUUCACAAAUGAUCGUCCUACUAGUUCUGAAAUUCCAGAGCUUUCAUCGAGUAACGUUCGAACCAAUAUUCAAAGUAAAGCAUAUCAUUCAAAUGAUUCCUGGAAAAACUACGACUCUCAUAAUCGUACGGAAAGAAACCGGGAGUAUCCAGAUGAAAGUUCUGAUAACCGAAGAGACAGGAGACUGCCUAGUCAAUCAGACACAAGCUCCAUUGACUAUCAAACAAACACUGUUAGUCGCGAUUCUUUCAGCUCAGACCAUUCUGAAAAACCCAUUGUCAAUGGCAAAAGAGAGGACUCAUCAGAUGAAGAGGAAGAUAAUGAUGAAGAAGAUUCAAUUGCAAAAUCAGUCGGAGAUCCCUUCUCUAUGAACUGGGCGGAUGCUGUAGAAAAUGAUGAUGAUGAAUUUAGUGAGCCUGUCCAGAGGAAUGAAGAGCCAGGUCCACGUGAAGCAGUUCGUGCUCCUGCGGAUAGGCACUCUGACAGGAAUCGAAGGCGUCGAAAAAAAAGUGGAAGUCAAGAACGAGACCUAAGUAGAAGACGAGACUCAAACGCUUCAAGUUUCCGACAAGAUGGUCGCUUCACGCAAAAUGAAGAGAGGAUGGAUUGGGGACGGUCUUCUAAACCAAUGGGUAUGGAUAGAAAUCGGCGAAAAGACAGUACUGGAAGCUGGAACAAUGAGAGACCAUUCAAUCGAGAUCGUGAUAAGGACCGUGGUGGCAACAGAAGGAACCGCAACAGAAGCUCAAAAAGAGGAAUCGAUAAGCAAAGAGACAGAGACAGAGAGAGGCUUGACCGAGAUCCUGAAAAUUGGCGGGCUCGAAAUGAUAGUAUGUCUGAUUCCAAACCAGACUUUGAACCUAGGUCAAGAGAUGAAAACCAUCCAAAGGAUAGCAACCGGGAAGAUGGAUCAAUUCAUAGAGAACCUGUAAAUACCCCGAAGUGCCCCUCAAUAGGUGGUAUUCUUGUUCUACCAGCCGAAACAUCCAUGUCAAGAGCAGCAAAGAACCCCUCUCUCUCUCAUCCAGAGACAUCCUCAAGUUCAGGGCAACAAAAGACUCUGUUCGAUCCUAAUAAUCCAGGUAAACCAAUUUACGUGCCUUUAGCUCAUUUGCGGCCUGGACGUUCAGAACGGUCUUUGAAUGUUUCGUUUCCUGACAGGGGAACUCCUUAUGCCCCUCAGUCUGGCGGAGCAGAUUCUGCUUCAUCUGCAAGCUCGUCAAGACCCUCUUGGUACGAUCCGCAUUCGGAAAGUUUCAAGUCAGCAAAAGAUCAGUCUCUUUUGUUGGACAUUUGUCGUGGUGAUCUUGAACUGCAAUGGUUGUGUUCUUCAAAUCUCAUUCAACACUGGUCAAGAAUAGCUGAGCUGAGGAAUUUCUUUGAACUUGCACUAGAAGCAUUACUUGUCCAUGAUUUGAAAUUUUGUGAAGCAGAAAACAUUGAAUGUCAUAUAUGGAAAGUGGCCUAUCAUAAUUUGAUUGAGCUCCUCCGCAAACUUAUGCUAGAUAACCCAGAACAGAAAGAUAGUGUUCGCACGUACUUAAUGCAAUUGAUUGAACAGGGAACUGAAUAUUUCAAGAGGCUCUUGAGCAGGCUCGAAGAAACGUAUCAAAUUAAAUUUGAUGCACCCAUCAAUACUGCUGAAAAAGUCACAGGAUUAACCUCAAUCGCUCUAAUUUCUGCUCAGAAGCUUUUCAUUUUCCUUGGUGAUUUGGCUAGGUACAAAGAGCAAGUGAAUGAAACAUCAAACUAUGGAUCAGCUAGGAGUUGGUAUCUGAAAGCCCGGGAAAUGAAUCCGAAAAAUGGGAAACCGUACAACCAAUUAGCCCUAAUCGCAUUUUGUUCCAAGAGGAAAAUAGAUGCAGUUUACUAUUAUAUGCGCAGCUUGAUGGCCUCAAACCCGAUUCAGUCUGCGAAGGAAAGUCUCCUGUCUCUAUUUGACAAUAACAGAAAGAAGUACGAGUCUCUUGAGAAAAAACGGAUGGAAGACAGAUUAAAAAAGAAUAAAGAUAAGGCAAAGGAAAAGGAGAGCUUUCAUGAUAGUAAUAAAAAACGUCGUGAGAUUUGGAUUCGUCCAGAUGACGGCACAAGAAAGAAAAUGACUCUUACAACUAAAGAGGAUUCCGAGGAUGAAGAGCUCUCUCUACUUUCUCACAUAGAGGUCAAUAAAAGAUUUGGUGUUAGCUUUUUACACAUUCAAGGAAAACUCUUCAAUAAAGUUGGAAUGGAGACAUUCCAGGAUGCUGCUCACCAGAUGUUGCGCGAAUUUAGAGCUUUAUUACAACAUUCCCCAAUGGCCUUAAAUGUUACCCGGCUCCUUCAAUUAUUAGCAUUAAAUAUGUUUGCAAUUGUUAACACACAAUUGAAAGAUAAACAACUUGGAGAUGAGCUUGAGGUUAGGACUGUUCAACAAGAAUCAGCCUUGUUAGUAUCAUUGCAAAUGUUCAACAUAAUUUUAGAACGAACCAUUCAGUUGCUGAAGGAUCAGUUCUUUGUGGAAGGGAAAGGACCUCAGCCUCACCAAAAUUUUGUCGGCUCAGAUCUCGAAAUUUUAUUGCCUGCAAUCAAAGUAUGGUGCGAUUGGCUAAUGUAUCAUGAAAAAGUUUGGAACCCUCCUCCCUCAUGCUGUGAUUAUCUUGUCGGCCCUGUGUCAGCUGACUGUUGGAACCGUUUAGCAUCUUUAGCAAACUACUGUGAGAAGAUGGAAUUUGAAAAUUCGGAACUGAUAGUUGCUGAGAAACAACCGGAAGAUUUUGUGCCGGUAUUACUUCCUGAAGAUUCCUUAUUGUCUGGAUUUUCUCCUCUAAUUUCACCUUUUCCAUCCAAAGGUUCUGUCUACACAUCUAAAUCAGGGGAUCUGGAUACAGCUCAGAUGCAUCAUCGUGUAGAUAGAAUAUUAUUCUUCACCACUAUAUAUUUGCGUGGUCUAGAACCUCCAGUGCUGAAAUUACAGAAAAAUGACUCUGGUCAUUCAGAAUACAUUUCAGUUGUUGAAGCUGCCACCUCUUCUCGAGACCAGAGUGAUACGGAGCUAUGCACUGAAAGUAUGAGUGAAGAAGAAGACUGUGAUGCAAUUCUAAUUGGAGAAGUUGAUGUUGAGUCUGAAAAUUAUGAUGAUGAUAAUUUGGAGAAAAAUUCACCUACAAAAGAAACCCGGAAUCUUUUAAGGCAGAAAAAACUCCUUGAAAAAGCUCAUCAAAAGAAGGAGCGCUACGAACAACAAGUGAAUGCUAUUCUGGAGCAAUGUUCCUAUAGCGUAGAAAUGGAAGUGAAACCAAAGUACUUAGUUCCUGAUACAAAUUGUUUCAUCGAUUACCUACCGUAUUUGAGAUCCAUUUCUGAAGUGACCACUGACACAAACGAGACAUUAUAUUCGUUAAUGGUGCCUUUGAUUGUUAAAAAUGAGCUUCAGGGCUUAUCACGCGGAAUUAAGAAAAGUGCAGAAGUAGCUGAGUCUGCCAAAGAAGCUCUAGAGUUCCUCUGCAGUCAGUCUACACGUGCGGUCAAGUGCGUGACAACCAAAGGUGCUAUCAUUCACCAUGCCUCUAAUUUCUCAGAAGAAGAAGAUGGCGUGGAAGGGUUGAAGAAUGAUGACAAAAUUUUGGAAACUUGCAUUAUUCUGUGCAAGAAUAAACCUGCUGAAGAAUCUAAAGAAGGACAACCAAGGAAAAUUCACCGCAAUGUGGUUCUGCUAACUGAUGACAGGCAUCUAAGAGUGAAAGCUCUUUGCAGAGAUAUGCCUGUUCGCACAGUUCCUGAUUUUGUGCAAUGGGCUGGCCUCGGAUAGCCUGCCAUUGUGUCCUUAUAACUAGUUGUUCAAGUAUGGUCAGCUCUAAGUCCUGGCUCAGCCACUUAUGAAGCAGGAAUCAUCGAAACUGGAUUGAUUAACUACAGAGCCUCUUUUCAGGUUUAAAUUUGCAGGGUUUUUAAGAAUUCAAAUAAGAGAAUCAGAUGCUAGAAAAAAUUAGCGAUCAUUCUCUCAGAGGGAUCCUGUCUAUUGCAUGUAUUUUUAAUGAUGAAUUCCUAUUCUCGUUCCAUUUUUUUUGUAGGUAUGAGUUAAGGACUGAUAGGAUUAUUACCUCUCCUUUUUAUUUUUUCUUCCCUCCUCCGCCCCCCCCCCCCAAUUACUCAUUGUUAAAUGGGUAUCAAUUUUCCUAAUGAAAUACCAUGAUCUAUCGCCAAGAUUUUUCAUGUCACUCUGUUUAUAUAAGAAAUUCUUGAACAAUUGUGAAAAUCCCUUGAUAUCGGUCUUAAGAGUAAAACUGAGGUGAAGUUAAACAUAUUUAAGUAUUAUUUUAAGUUGUAUAAUUCAUGUUCGAUCUUGAGCAUCGUUUUUUUCCUUAAUUCCAUCAUUAAUGUAGUCUUUAAAGGGGUGUAUUCAAAACCGGCAACAUUUUCUACCUCCUGCAUGUUGAUCAAUUUUUAGCAUGGUAUUCCUUAUGAAAGGAUAUGCUUGUUAUUAAAGUACUAAGGCCCAAAACAAAUUAUUGUCCAUGUGGCCCCCAAGCCUGAAACUUGGCAACACUGCAACAUUGACAGAAAUUUUUAUAGGCCCAGAAAUUUUCAUCUAUUGUAAAUCCUAUUGCAUGGCAUAUAACUUAAAACUGGUCGAUAUUGAGUACGGAAUAACAUACUUGAAAUUGGUAAACAGCAAGGGGGAGGGGGAUUUCUGCUUUUGAGUAUAUUCCUUUAAACUGCAAGAAGAAGAUACACUUUAACAAGUUAGGUUAAGUAAACUUAACUAAAUGAGAAGGAGUUAAUUUUAUGAUGGCGACUUAGACUUUUAUCUUUCAAACGACCUCUCAAGUUUCAGUAAUUUUACUCUGAUUUGCAAAUCUUGAACUGAUUGAUAGAAAGGAGGAAUUAUAAUGCAUAUAUUGUACAUACAUUUCCAUGAGGAAGCCUAUCUUAAAUUACUUUAACAUUAUUACAAAACUUUAACACCUGAAGGUAUUUACUUAAAAUUAAAAUCACAAACUUACGGUGACAAAUCUAUAACAUGCAUGGCUGUACAAGAAUAGGAAACAACAGUAAAAGUGGGAGACAAGUUGUUCACAAUUCAUUUUGUGAACAAUGCAUGACUUUAGAAGAGAGUUUCUGUUAGAUUUAAAAGGAUAUCAUUAGAAUGACAAAUCAUCAAAGAUUGAUUAUAGGCACCACCUUGAAAUCAUAAAUCGCAAAAUUUUACAUCCAUAUUUUGACUGUAUGAUUUGUAGGUGGUAGUUAUAUUCAUUCCUUUAUAAUUCGUCGCUCUGGUUAUCUUCUCUUGUAUCUUGAAGGGAGGCCAUCAGGAGUCAUGUCUUGCCUUGAGUACAGGCCAAAUUUGACAUAGACAAGCCAGGGAUUGCCAACCACCAAUUUAUUUAAAUUGCUGGGUGACCGCUGUCUCCUAUGAGCUUCAUGACUGCUAUUGCCAUGCAAACCUCAGUGUUCAAAAAAUGCAGGUUUCCGGUUUUUUAGGUUUUUUAAUUUUUCUUUGUUAUACCAAUUGAUGAAGGUGCUAUCCAGCCCGGAAAUGUCUCAAGCUUUUUACAUUUUUCAGCCUUAAAUUCUCAAUAUGUUUCCGUUCUGGUACAUAUUUUGGACUACUCAAAUCUUCAUUGCCAUGUACCUAUAGAAUAAGAACCAAUAAAAACCUCAGCAGAUAACAAUAUCGAUAAAUGCACGCUCCUAUCAUAGAUUUUGGUAAUUUUAGUCAAUUGAUUCAAUUUAUUCAAAUAGUUGUCUGUAUUUGUUUCUUCUUUUUUAAGUAAUGGUAACCCUCUCUCUUGUUUUGUUGAUAAUUUUCUUUUUCAACCGGUAGCUAUUUUCUACAGUUUCCUUUUUUAAUUUAUUUUAAAGCAACUUAGUUCAUUAGACUGUCAAUGUCUAUCUUGUGAUGGUUUUAAUACCCGCAAAUUCACUUUUUGCCUGUAGCCGAUCACCAUCCAGCACAAGACGCACUGCUGCCACUAGAUGGUGAUUGGUUACUGCUUCAACUUUAUCCUGCCAUUUUUGCGAGUGAUUUCAUCUUAUUAAAUAUCAAUUUUUAGACGGAUCCCUCUUGUCUUUGAAUUGCAAAGGCAGAGUUUGUAUUUUAAAGUAAUAUUGCACUUAUCUCUGCUCUGCAUCCUCUUUUUACUCAUUAUUAUCAGAAUGACUUCAUUUUACAGAUAUGAUUAAUCGGUAUCAAUUGAUUUCAAAAAUACUUUUAAUCACUGUAUUGUUAAGUUUCAAAAAUGGAAGAAAAGUUGUAGUCGAGUUUUUUUUUUUUUUAUUUUUAAAAUUUUUUAGUUUAGAAAUCAGUAACAGUCAGCAUCUUUAAGCAAGCAUGUCUCUUUCACAGUGUCCUAAGUAUAAAAAUUGGCUGUAAGUAAUUUGACGUAAAAAGAAAAUGUUUAAUUUAGUUAAAGAUUUUUUUAGCUAAAGGAAGGUCUCAUUUUUUUAUAAUUUAUACCUCUCAUUAAGACUAUGAUACCUUUUACAUACAAAUAAAAGUUAGUUGUGGCUUUUCACAA